AUGGGAUUUGUUUUGAUAUCUAUUCAUUAUGUUAAAUACUGAGGACUACAAAAGUAAUUAACAUGAAGUUUGAUGAAAUUUUAACACAAAUUGGGUCUUUUGGACCGUACCAAAAGAGAAAUUAUGUUUUGUUAAUGAUUGGUUGGAUUCUCACAGGACCAUUUAUGGGACUUUCAGUAUUUAUCAAUGGAAUCCCUGAUCACAGAUGUCAAAUUCCUGGUCUGGAGAAUGACACAUAUGAGAUUCAAGGAUCUCAACACCAACGUCUCAUUGAUACAUAUAUUCCAUUGUCAACACAUGACAACAAAAUUUAUGAACAGUGUAAUGUUUAUCAGAUUGACCAAUCACAGACAGUAUUUGAUAAUGACAGCAAUCCAAUCAAUGCUACCAAAUCUAAAUGCAGUUCAUGGGUUUACAGCAAAAAGCUGUUCGAUAAUACAUUUGUUACGAAAGAAAAUUUAGUAUGUGAUGAUAAGUACAAAGUUUCCUUGUCAAAGACAAUAUUCUUCGGAGGUGUUUUGUUGGGAUCUUUUAUGUUCGGAAUUAUUUCUGAUACUAUAGGGAGAAAGAAAACCUUACUUGUGGCAGUGAUUUUCAUGUUUGCCUCCGGGAUGUCUCUAGCCUUUUCGGUUAACUACACGAUGUUUGUGGUCCUCCGCUUUUGUACCGGGGUUUGUGCUGUAGGAAUGUUCAUGACAGUUUAUGUUAUCGGAAUGGAAUGGGUUGGACCGUCGAGAAGAACAUUUGUUGGACUGGUGAUAGCAUUAAUUGGACCAGUAGGAAGUUUAUUUUAUAUCUUGAUAUCGUACUAUGUCAGACAGUGGAACUGGAUAAUUAUUGCUUUAACCAUUCCUAUUGGUCUUUUCCUUGCUCUCUGGUGGUUCGUACCAGAAUCUCCCAGAUGGUUGAGUGGAAAAGGCAGAAAGAAGGAGGCAGCUGCUCUACUUAAACAUGCCGCUUUCAUCAACAAGACAGAAUUUUCAGAAAAAGUAAUGGAAGAAUUAGCACCAGAAAAGAAAGAAGCAGGAAAAGUGUGGCUUUUGUUUUCAGACAGAACUUUGGGUUGUCGCACUGUUGUGAUAUUCUAUAAUUGGAUGGUAGCCAGUAUGGUGUUUUAUGGUUUGUCACUGAAUACUGGAAUGCUGUAUGGAGAUUACUACAUUAAUUUUCUGCUCAGUGUUCUUAUGGAAUUCCCAGGUCAUGCAUUACCUAUUGUCAUGAUCGAUAGAAUAGGACGAAAAAAGAGUCAUAUUAUUUAUAUGACUGUUGGAGGGUUAUCUUGUCUGAGCACUAUAUUCACUGUUACUUAUGGCGGAACAGAACUGCAACCAUUGACAACAGCUUUAGCUAUGAUAGGCAAACUGUUUUCAACUGCAGCUUUUGCAACAAUAUACGUAAUUUCUGCUGAAGUAUUUCCAACAGCCAUACGCAACGCAGGAAUGGGAUCCAGCUCGUGCUGGGCACGUCUUGGUGGAAUGAUCUCACCUUUUAUAGCCGAUACCGCAGAUUUAGUUGGAGGCACUACCGGCACUGCCGUACCAUUAGUUAUAUUUGGAGGGGCUUGUUUGAUUGCUGCAGGUUUGACAUUACUUCUUCCCGAAACACUGAAUCAACAUUUACCUGAAAGUAUAGAAGACGGAAAGAAUUUUGGAAAAAAAUCAAAUAAGAAGAUUCCGGAGGAAUUUACAGUAAAGAAUGGCAAUGCCUCAAUGACAAAGUUUUAACCAGUUAUAUGCCUGAAAUUUAAAUAGUAGUGAAAUGUACAGUUUAUAGGAUACUAUUGAACUAGUUUAUGGAGUAAACAUUACUAAUUUUUAUAUUAUAAAAUACU